GAAUAUUAUUCAUUAUAAAGGACAUACGUUUAUAAGUUAUAUGUAGAUAAUAUGAAUUUUCUUUUGUUGUAGAACUACAUAAUUUAGAUUAUGGCUUUCCAAGGAUUAUGUUGUUCAUCUAGUAUUAGGGUGUGGGCGUCAUAAAAAUGUCCCCUAAACAUAUCAACAUAAUUAUUAUAAUCUAAAUUGAACUAUCUUCAUGGUGUAAUCAUCUAAAGUUAUAUUUUAGGAAACAUGGUAAUACAUUUUGUCCAGAAUGUCUACUGAUAACUGCUUAGUGAAAGCAAUAUACUCAUUCAAAGGUAAAAACAAUGAUGAGCUAUGUUUCAAAAAAGGUGACAUUAUCACUGUCACCCAAAAGGAGGAGGGUGGGUGGUGGGAAGGAACAUUAGGUGAAACCACAGGGUGGUUCCCGAGCAACUAUGUCACUGAAUAUAAAGAUACAUCAGGUUCAUUAACCACCUCACCAAUAAGAGCAGCUUCAGAGAUCCAAGCUUUCAGAAAUGUAGUGCUGAAGGACAUAAUAGACUCUGAGAAGGCCCAUGUGGCAGAGAUGCAAGGUCUGGUUACCAAUUUUUUACAACCAUUGGAGAAAAGUGAUAUGCUUACUAAAGAUGAGUUCAGACAACUAACAGGUAACAUAAAUGAGGUGUUACAAAUCCACGAACAAUUCCUGGCUUUAUUAGAAGAGUGUGCAAUGAAGACAGGGCCUGACCAGCGAGUGGGGGGAUUGUUCCUGCAGUGGGCUCCUAAGAUCAAAGCAGUGCACCAAACUUACUGCGCCGGCCAUCCCAAAGCUGUUUGCAUUCUUGAUAAGUACAAAGAAAAUCUUAACACAUGGAUGGAGAACGCAGGCGCAGUUUGUCCUGGUGUUUUAGUUCUGACAGCUGGCUUAUCAAAACCCUUCCGGCGCCUGGGGAAGUACCCUGCAAUGCUACAGGAACUUGCGAGACACGUUCAUGAGGCACAUCCUGACAGAGGAGAUACACAUAGAGCAUCAGUUGUCUAUAAAGAUAUCGCUAGUGCCUGUGCAGCAUUACGAAGACAAAAAGAACUGGAGCUCCAAGUAGUAACAGGAGAGGUCCGAGGGUGGCCUGGGGGUGAGCUGACGUCACUGGGUGACGUCUUGCAUAUGGGCAGUGUCGCAGUGGGUCCCUCCCAUCAAGACAGAUAUCUUGUGCUGUUCCCUUCUGCAUUACUGUUGUUGUCAGUUAGCAAAAGGGUGUCUGCAUUUGUUUAUGAGGGUUGUCUUCCAUUAACUGGCAUAACAGUGUGUAAGCUUGAGGACACGGAAACUAGAAAGAAUGCAUUUGAAAUAAGUGGCCCCAUGAUAGAUAGAAUAGUAGCCGUAUGCCAGACUAGGGCUGAAGCGGACAACUGGGUCAGCUUGCUCCAGAAACACUCAAACAAUAGCAGUCCCUCGCAUGAGCCAGCACAACCACAAUCUCUACCACAUAUGGCCAUGAGCGACAGCAAUAGCGAGCUCUCGUCGGGCCUCACCAACCACAAACGCUCCCACUCCUUCAACAACCACCAAAGCUACACGCAGCACACCCAACAGACGCAAAAGACCAAACAGAAGAACCAAUCGGCCCGCUGGCUUCUCAAUUCCUGCGACUCGCUCGACCAAUCGCCUUCAAAAACUAACAAAGUUCCUAUAGGAAAGAAGUUCUCCUCCGUCGACUUUAUCGACACAGCGGAUACUAAUUAUAGCAGUAAAGGUUGGAGCAUAACUAGCCUCCGCCCGGCGCCGCCUCUCAGGCCGCAGUCCUUCACAGUGGGCUCGGAUGAGAACAUCGGCCCAACGCAUCCGUACGCUCCGCACCAACGAAAGUCCAAUUCCUACGAAGAAGACGCCCUCAUACUCAAAGUCAUCGAAGCAUAUUGCACUUCGGCCCGUUGUAGAAACGCCGUGAGCUCUGUGGAGUGCGGCCACUUUUCUCUCGGUAAAGUACAAUAUCACGCACCCGCUACUAACAUACCCUUUAACUCGAGGCUAGCGGUCGGUCAGAGGAGUGAAACGCCGGAGCCUGUCAGGGGGAAAACGUCGAAAGUGAAACGCAACAAAAGUUCAUCUGCGGCGGACGCUUACUUGUUCCGGGCACCGGAGACGCGGAAGUUGCUUUCGGAGCGAAAGUUCCAGUUGAAUCGUUCGAAUCCUAAUCUUUGGGACUGUUCGGAGCGUCGCCGGACGAAUUGGAUGGGUGGACACGAGCGGCGCAGCGGGUCGCAGCCGAGCUUGGUGCCGCUGCGUGCGACGGUGACCCCGACCCCCGCGCCUGCCCCGCGCUCUGCCCGCUCCUCCACUUGGUGCUGCGGCUCCUUCGUCAAACAGCUCACCAAAUCGCAUCACUUCGAUUGACACUAAAUGUCCUCCUCCUGACUGAAGCUCACGAUUGAACCCCCUAAUCAUUUUACUAGCUCAUCUAAUUGUACAUCGCUCCAUACCGCUGUCGCAUCGUUCAACUACUUGUGCGUGAUGACGAGUGUCCAGUUUUAUAUUUUCAUGAAUUUAUCAUUCUGUGAACUAACUCCUAACUUCAUUCGAUCUUAAUUGAAUAUACCAUUUCGAAAAGGGCACAUGUCGGAUAUUCUGUACAUACAUCUCACAAAUAUAAAUUUCAAUAACAUAUUACAUUAAUUUAAAAAAAGAAAUAAUUUUAGUAAUUUUCGAAGGCUAAUGACCAAGAUGUAACGCAAUAGUUACUUUUAGAAAUUAUACACUGGUUUGGAAAAUAAUUAGUUAUUUUAAUUCCUGGACAUUUUAAAUUUUCACACAUGUGCCCUUUUCGAAAUUGCAUAUUCAAUUAAUAACGCUAUUUUAUGUUCUCCAAAAGUUUCGCUAUGGAAUUGAGACGCAUGACGCAAUGCUAUUAUUGUAUGUGCCAUUUUAUAUAGGCUUUUGUGAUCGCCUGUUGAAAAAUGUUAUCUAUGUGAACAUAGAUUUGUUUAUUGUAAUUUGUAUUGUACCAAUAUUAUUUUAAUGCAUGUGUGCAGUAUUAUUUGAAUAGUUACAUUAAUAAGGUUAUUAUUAUAUGCUUUUUAGAAAGAGGAGCUGUUAUUUGUGCGUAUAAAUGUGCAUGGUAUUGUGUAAAGUAUUUUUGUAUAAUUUUAUUAUUGUAGAUAUUUGGUGUCAACUGUUUACUACUUUGUUAGAAUGUAGUAUGCUUUUACGAUUUUUUUUUUUUAUUUUAGUGUGCGAGUGUACAAAUAUUACACACUUUAAAAAUUGCAUAUUUUUACGACUAACACUAGUUUUGACUUCUAGAAGAACGUAAGGACAUCUGUAUACGAAUUUCAGUUCCGAAGUAUAAGUAGAUUCUUCGUCUUUUUUUCAAAUAAUUAUUAUGUUACGAAUUAAACAUAGGUCAUGCUGGACAUGACAAUGUUCUCGUGCUUGCUAAAGUUAAUUGUUUUUAUUUGGAGAUACGUCAUACUUUAAUUAAAAGAGUUUUGUAGCGUUAUUGAAUUGUAGAGGUAUUGAAAUUAAUUUCUUUGAGUUUUCAAUUUCUUUUGUUUCUUAAUUUCUAUGAGAACGUAGCGUAUAGGUACCUACCGUAAAUUAAAAAAAAACUAGUAGAUACAUCAAGUGAUGAGUUUUUUUUAUUUAUCAACAAGUUAACACUUGACUGCGGUUUAUUUAGCCAUAACUUGGAACUUUAGUUUAGAGUGGAUCUUAAGAAAAUUUGUCUUACGUCCUUAUCAAUUAUUUAUUGGUUUUUUUUUUAAUUUCUCGAACUAAAAUGUGUCUACCUUAUACCAGUGUUGCCUUAUGUUGCACCUAAUGUACCUUAGUAUUUUUUUAGUAUUAUUGAAAAGUUUAGCUCCGACUAUGUUGUAGCAACAAGGAUGACUGUAUGAAAAGGCAUAGAGGUAAUAACGUCCUGUUUGAUCGUUAUUUAAAAUUAUAAGCAAUAAUAAUGCUAUUACAGUUACAAUAUAGGGAAUUUACUUUUAUUACGAACAUUAUAAAAUAUUAUCGCAUACUUACCUAACUAUUUACUCUCGUAUAAUAAAUCUUAUAUUACCAUCGAAUGGAAAUUACUAUAUGGAAUUAAAUAAUUACUUGGUGAUAAUGUCGAUUUAAUUAUAACGUGCCCGCAAAUCGCUAGCCAAGCCUGGUCCAAUCGUAUAUAAGAGGUGAAGGGGGAGAGGGGGUGGUUGAACUAACACACUAUCGAGAAUAUUAAUAACAAAUUAUUGCCCCUGACUUCGUUCUCAUGGAACUCGGUUUUUUUUUUCGAAUAGCAGAGGUAUGGAAUUUCAUUCGUUUUUCGAAGAUAGCUCGUCGGAUACAAAAGAAGCGAGUAGACGGCUUAGAACUAUUCAUAAUAACCAGGCACUGAAGCCGUUUGCACGCUAAAUUCAAAUUUGAACCAAUUACGAAGAUUUAUAUGUCAAGGUGGGUCUGAUAGACCGUACCAGAUAUACCCGCGGGUUAAUAAUAGUCAGUUUCUUCAUCUCCUUACACUUACGACUUUAAAACGAAAAUUAUAUAUAGUUUUUUUUUGUGUUAUAGUAUACUAAUAUUAUAAUACUAUCUUCAAAUCUUGACAAAAUGCAAACUAAAAUUUCCAAAUAUGUAUUAAUUACUCGUAAAACUAUGUUGCAGUUAUAAUAAUUUUCCUAUAUACGAAUUCUCAUGUAUUUUUGUAUAAUCUCGGGUGUGGGUCGUACAUUGUUUUUCGUCAUCAAAGGGCAAGGGAACCGUGGCUUGAUUUGUCAAAGCACCCCCACACGAUAACCGAUAAGUGAUGCGGGUCCAAACAUUGUUCUACGUUUUUGAUAUCUAUUAAAAUACUCAGAGAUUUGAUUAUAUUUUACGAAAGGUUUCCUGUACAAUAAUUAUUAUAAUGAUAUUUAAGUUACAGACUUUCAUUGUCACCAUUACUAAAUAAUGUAAACAUUACUUGUUGAAGUUUUAAAAUAAUCUUUUACGAAAUUUUAUUGAAUCGUAUCGUGAUCGGAUCGUGCAGUAAUAAAUGAUAUAUGCUUUAACGCUUCUUGUACAAUAUGUAUUUCAUACACAUUAUUAUGCACGUAUUUAUUUAUUUUAAUCAUUUAAAAAUAUUCAUGAAGUGCUUUAUAAAAUUAAAAAUAUUGUUAGUUGCUAUCGAUUAUAUAAAGUACCAGCAUCUCUUAUUUACACGUCGCGCUUAUGUUGUUUCAAGGUGGUAGGUAAAAAUAUGUAAUUUACGUUAUUCCAUCUAUUUUCAUGAUUACAUCUGUCUACAAGAAAGCAAUUCAUCAAAUGAAACAAAAACCAUUAUUAUGUAGACAUUUAGUUAUUCAUGGAUCCGCAUAAAAUAAAAUUUCUUUCUCAAUAUAUAUUUUAUAAAAAGUUUCUUAUUCUUCGAGUAUUCAUUCAAGCCGUCGCCUCAAGAAAUCAGAGGAUGUAUAAUAAAAAGUAAGUCUUCCAUUGAAUUUAGUGUUCCGCGUGAUUGAGCCAUCUUGCUUUACAAUAUCUAUCUUUUAUCACGAGUUUCAAGCAUUUUUCAUGUUAUAAGAUAGAUGUAAAGAGCGAUUAAGUUAUACUUCCUUAUAAAUAUCAUAUUUUUCGUAAACGUUAUUUAAAUUUUUACAAUGCAACUGGCUUGAGCUGCGAUCAUGAAUGUUUUCAAAAACUUUAUAUAUUGACAGAUAUUUUAUUCGAAAGACGGUUUAGCUUUUUAGUGUUGUACAGAAAGGUUCGUUUGUAUGUGUAACUAAAGGUGCGUCAGCAAAACAGAAACAUAUUACAAAUAGGCUAUAAGCUUACUUUGAGGCUAAAUAGUGAUGUGUGUAUUGUGUAAGUAUAUUUAUUUAUUUAUUUAUGUUUAUAAAUUAUUAUCAUCUGUCAACGCAGUUGCUAAGCAAUGGUUUUUUGGUGUUCGGGAUGUCACACGCCUCUCUGUAUCAUCAAUUAAUUUAGUUACACUUAGUUUCUGUUGUGCUGAUGUUACUUUAGUUCAAACAACGCGUUUGUGCUGUCACCUUACUGUUACAUCCAAAGUUAAAAGGUCUCGCAAAAUAAAGUGUUUUCUAUUCUAUUCUUCUAUUCAAAAUAGAAUAUCUAUACAAACAUGUUUUUAAUUAGUCUCGAAGUAACGUGAAUCGUAAACUGUUCGUGUCUGCGGAACAAAACUGUAUGCAAUUAUUCACAUUUCCAAUUUCGCACAACGUUAUGUGCUAUGCGGCAAAGUUGGCGCUAAUAGAAAUGAGCGGCGGCAGUUAUUUGAGUGUGCUGGCUCACUAGGUAAUCACAGUGGACGGGGCUGCAGCCGUCAUGUGCAUUUGUUAAAUAUUUAAUGGCGUAGUGCACUAUAACACGAGUGUUCCGUACCUAAGCCGAAUACAUAUUAGCCUACUUCGUUCCACUCGGCGCAACUUAUCCCGUUUAUAAGACGGGGAGUUUUCCGCCUUUUCGAUCUCGAGAUUUCUAUUUGUAAAUAGAGAGUAACAUGUGCGAGUUCCCCUUUCUCGCCUUUCUUUGUAAUUGUUCUGAUUGAAAUUACCUACGUCUCGAAAUGGUUAGGUCAUAACAAUGCUAUUUUAGUGCUAGCGCUGCUCUGAACUGGAUAGUCUCGAAUUAAUCAGUGUUUUUAUAUAUUAAACAGUAUCCUAUAGAUGUUGUAAAAGUUAAGUUUAUGUCAUCAUCUUGUUUUCUACAUUUGUUUUUUAUUUAUAACGCUAAAUGAAGUGUUAUCACGUUGUCUACGUCUUUGCAGUGCAUGAGUGUCUGAUUAUGGCUUAGUAUAUUCUCAAAUAUCUAUUUCAAUGCGGUUUUUAUUUGAUGAGGUAUUGAAUUGAAAUGUUCAUUGGAACAUGAUUAGAUUAUCUAGCUUUUGUUUUGAACAUUUUCGUAUUAAGUAAAAAGUAUUCUAAUAUAAUAGUGAAUAGUAUAUUUCUACCCUAAUACACAUUAUGUACAGUUUUAAUGUCCUCCGUGGCUCAGUGGUAUGCGCGGUGGAUAUGUGGGUUCGAUCCCCGGUUGAGGUUUUCAUAAUUGGUCCAGGUCAGGCUGGUUGUAGGCUUCGGACUUGACUAGUUAUCACCCUACCGGCAAAACAAGUUAGUCCGCUUCCAUCUUAGAUUUCAUCACUAAACCAUCAGGUGAGAUUGUAUGUAGUCCAGGGCUAGAUUGUAAAAAAUAAAAAAUAAAAAGUUACAUGAGGUACUUUACAUUUAUUCCUGACGUAUCACACAUACUCGCAACUUAUAUGUAUAAAUAGUCCCCCUCUUAUCACAAGUUCUUGAUCCCUUCAACGUGUGACGUAAUUUAUGGAAGUCUUCGAAUCGAUUAAACUUCCACAUCUAUGGAAAAACAUUGAUGUAUUUCAAGCGAACCGAUUUUACACCUGGUUACUUAUUAAAUGUGCCGCGUUGAAACGUUUCCAAUAAAUCCCGAGCGGUUAAUGUGCGCGAGUGAAGCGGCUGUGUCGUUAUAUUGCUAAUAGUUGUAACUAUAAGAGCUCGCUUAUAGUUUAUACUAUACUUUACUGUAAUCUAUAUAGGAUCCCAUAGUGCUAGUUGUAAAUUAUUUUAUUUUUGUUUUUAUUUUUUCUCUCUUUCCUUUGUGUGACGUGUAUUCUGAAUAAAGUUUUCUUUCUUUCAUUCUUAUAUUGUAUAAAAGAAAGUUGUGUUAGUGACACUUAAGAAAGGCUGGACAGAUUUUGCUGAAAAUUAGUGGACGGACUUAAGGUAGAACGGGGUGGGAUAGGGACAGGGCAGAAUAGAGCAGGGGUAGGGUAGAGGUAGGGUAGGGGUAUGGUAGAGCAGGUGUAGGGUGGGAGUAGUGUAGGAAUAUGUUUAUGGGUAAAUUUUGUAAAGUUGUAGGUAAUCUUUGGACCUACUGAACCGAUUUUGAUGAUCUCUGGCGCAGUUGGUUUUGCUGGUCAGCUGGAACCAGUUUAGGAUUUUUAUAAUUUCUAAAUUACCUGAGAUCUGGUCUGGUGGUAGACAUUUAGGCCGUGGCUAGUUGCCACUCUAUCGCCAAAGACGUACCGCCAAGUGGUAUUUAGAUUUAAGUAUCCUGAAUAAUUAAAUCUAAAUACUAAUAUUGACAAUUAUAAGGAAUUUAAACUAACGAUACCAUUAUAAGGAAUUUAAACUAACGAAAGCUUACAAAAAAUCUACCAUAAUCGUCCUCAAAAACUAUUGUGAUAUAUAGAAGGCUCACUUUAUAGACUUAGGUAUAGGAUGAGUGAAUAAUAAAUUUAUUUUGUAAUUUUCCGCGAGAACCCAGUUAUUUGCGGCUUUCGCGGAAAUCGCGUCAUGAAUUUCCGCAAAGCUCUAUUAAAUUUUUUCAUGUGGAGGUUUUUAUCCACUCUAAUUUAGUACAAUGUAGUCUGUAUUUUUAUUAUGUUACAAGGUUAAAUGUUAUACAAAAUAACAACAAAAUUGCUCGAAUUUUGCGCUGGAGUUAACCAAACCGCUUAAUAUCCGUGACACAUUUGGUUUAGUCAAGUUGAACUGCGGUCGAAACUUGUAACUAAGCACAAACUAUGGUGGUUUUGUAGUUGGUUAACUAAGGGAUUAGGGUUUACUACAUCCUGUUCCGUUUAAAUUUGGAAAUGCUGAUGUAUAUGUAUUAUACUUAGUUCAAUGUAGGUUUACUGUUAAAAGUUAAUACCUCACCACUUAUUGGGAACAUUCUUGCAACCCGCAAGCCUGAUAGAUAUAGGUAGGUAAGAGUUCAUGUAAGCCGAUUACCACCGGGUUGCCUAUAAACACCCAUGCAUAUUUAUUGUACUAGGUAUAUCUAGAUAUAUGAGAAACCGUAGUUUGUAUCACGCUGUAUGAAUUUUCUUUUAUUUGGGGCUUACCUUCAUCUAAAAUCCAUUCUUCGUCUUCGCCACUGGUAGGCACAUGUAAAGGUUUACAUGCAUUUUUUUUCGAUUGAUUGAUGACGUAUUAUAUAAACCUCCGCAAAGUGACUUACAAAUUUUAAUUAUUUUAUUAUGCAGUUUUGUUCCACGGACUAUAUCGAAAUCUAUGUCGAAUAUUAAUUUUAUAAAAAGCGAUUCUAUUCAUUAAAAUAAAAUAUGUAUGUAUGUCAGACCUCUUAGACUAGUCAUUAUUUCUACUCCAUUGUAAUCUCCUGCUUGAAUUAAUGAAACUAUGCAAGUACCUAAAUAAUUACAAAAAAAAAAUGCUUGUAUAAAAGCUUCAAAUAUCUUAAGUCGUGUAAAGCAAUGCAAAGUACAGUGAAAUUUGAUUAAAGUGAGAUAUAAUAGAUAAACCGAACUGUUGACCCAUUAUUGAAUUCUGAGAGGAGACUCGAGCUCAGCAGUGAGCCGAAUAUGGGUUGAUAAUGAUGAUUACUUGAUGGUUGUUUUGUUGCUAUUUAUUUUUCUCUGCCACGAUUUACUUUUUAGCUGCAACGCUCGACUGAUUCUCGAAUCUGACUCUUAUCUCUCUUUCUGUCUAACACCCCAUAUAGAUAGAGAAAGAGAUGAAUUCGAAACUCCAAUUAUCGGGCUUCAAAAACAUCGUUGUAGAAUAGCGCCACAUUUUGUUAUCUUUUGACUUCACGCUGACUACUGCAAUUUGUUUUCUUAUUUUAAUGAAAAUUCUACUGUUUGACUUGUCAUGGGACUUUAUGUUUUAUAUACGAUAUUUCGUAUAUAAAUAUUGUAGGUAUUAUAAAUCAUUUGAUUAGGUUUCACUGCAUUUUGCAAAUUAAAUAUGUAUAAUCUUAUCUUCAAUAUAUAAAAUGUUACAAGUAGACAUCUACAUGAUAUUAUAUUUAUAGUGAUUAUUGAUUUUUUCCUAGAAAAUCGAGGGCAAAGGAGGAGAUGGUAUACUAUUAUGUAUUACAUUUAAUCUAUUUAUACGCAUAGUUAUUUACGUAAAUAUAUUGAUAUUAUUAAUAUACAUAUUGUGUGUACGCAUAUUUAUUUUUUUAACGAAACAUUUAUUGUAAGUUAUAUAAGUAUUGAAAAUAAAUAUUAUUGAACAGUG